UCUAACGGAGCGAAUAGAAAAUCAUUUGAAUAUUAUCCACCAUUUAUUUUGAUAAACUAGUGAAGCUAAUUUUGGUGCUAUAGUGUCGUGGAAGUAAUAUCAGGCUACAGAAAUGUUAACAAACGUCACCGUUCUACUGCUUAUCGUCGCCAUGACUUCAGUGGCCUGCCAAACGUUCCAGUAUUCGAGGGGAUGGACGAACGGGAAGCGGGACGGUCACAAACGUGAUGAGGUCAGCCUGGAGAAGAUACUCACGCCGUGUCAGGUGCACAAAUUAAAGUACCUGUUGGAAGGGAAGCCUUUGACGGAGAAGUUACUAGCACCCUGCGACUACUUAGAAGAAGAAAUUGAACUUCCCAAGCGAUACAAAACUGAACGAACUCAAGACCCUCUCUACGAUGCGUUUCAGUAAAAAAAAAGAAAAACCAUAAACAGUGCCAAAUAUGAAAUUAUACGAAGUUAUUUUAUUAUUUAAGUAAA